GGAAGUAGCGGCGCCGCCCGACGCGCCAGCCAAUGAGCGGUGGGGUGAGAGGUUGCGCAGGAGGAUGGCGGUCAUUGCGCGCGGCGGGCGGCUGAAGCGGCGGCAGUGAGGCGCGAGGAUGGUGGCGACGGCGUCCGCGGCGGUGGCACGAGACUGAGCCCGGGUCUGAGGCCCCCCCCUGCCCCUGCCGCCGUUGAACGGCUCUUGCCCGCCGAUGGCGAUGAGCGGCGCGUGCGAGCUGGUGUGGCGGCUGCUGCACACGCUCCUGUGCCUGCAGCGCGCGCUCCUGGCCUGGCUGCGGCGGCGGCGGCGGUGGUGGCGGGGCCGGGCCGGGCCCCGCGCCUGGCUCUGGCGCCGCGCCGCCUCCGCCGCUGUUUCGUGCGCGCUGCUGGCUCCCGGCGCCGGCUUCGCCUUCCACAAGGCCGGUGCGGCGCGGAGGGUGCCCGGCGGACUCGGGCGGCGGCAGCGCUGGCGCGUGGACGGCCGCGCGCUCUCCAAGUUGCCCGUGCACCUGGGGCUCGUGGUGGCCAGUGAGGAGCCGAGCUACGCCGAUAUGGCCAGCCUGGUGGUGUGGUGCAUGGCCCUGGGCAUCUCCUACGUCAGCGUCUACGACCACGACGGGAUUUUCAAGAGAAAUAACUCAAAGUUAAUGGAUGAAAUUUUAAAACAGCAACAGGAGCUUUUGGGUCUAGAUUACUCUAAAUACAAAAUGGAGUUUGCAAAUCAAGACAAAGCAGAUCAAGUUUUAAAUUGCCAAUCUGCACUGAAGGUGCUGUCCCCAGAAGAUGGAAAAGCAGACAUAGUGAGAGCUGCUCAGAACUUUUGCCAGUUGGUAGCACAGCAGCAAAGAAAAUAUACAGACCUGGAUGUUAAUGUCUUGGACAACUUGCUAAGUAGUACUAACGGUUUUCCUGAUCCUGACUUAAUAUUAAAGUUUGGUCCUGUGGACAGCACGUUAGGAUUCCUUCCUUGGCACAUAAGACUGACGGAGAUCAUUUCUUUGCCUUCACAUCUGAAUAUCAAUUAUGAGGACUUCUUCUCUGCCCUCCUUCGCUAUGCGGCUUGUGAACAGCGCUGGGGAAAGUGAUACGUCUGAGCACACUACGACCAGUUUUUCCAUAGGAAGGAUCCUCUGUCUCUGUUUACAGGCACCUGUGAUCAGUACAAAUCCAGUCCAUAGUCCUUUCUUAAUUUAUCAACAAACUCAAUAAAAGUGUCUUACCUUUCUAGAGAGUCUGUGUGUGUGCACGUGUGAGAGUCUGUUAAUGUGGAGAGGGGAACAUAGAGGUUUGUUUCUCUGUGCAAAAGACAUUGUUGCAUAAAUGUAAGCAUAGCUGCUCAACAGCUUAAUGUCCCCCACUGAUUUGGUGUUUUUUUUUAUUUAUUUUUUCUUACCAAAAUGUGUAAGAGUUCAAAGUAUCGUUGUGAAAUCUACAGGGCAGUGUAAGAUGUCAUGUUGAUUGAAGAUAUUUCUCAAAUUGGUGGAAGAAUAGUCAGACAUCAGAUGUCCGUCCAUUCCAGUUUUUCACUGUGCUCCUUGUAGCUGAGCACUUUGGAUCUAAUGGCUUGGCUAAGUGUGUCCAUAAAUGUUCUAAUAAUCUUAAAAUGGAAUGAAAAGUGACUAGCAGGAUAAAAAGCACAGGUAACCAGUUUUGGAAUCUGAAGAGACCACAGGGACUUUACAUUUUUUUUUUUUCUUUUGGCAUAAGUGCAUUAGCUCUGCUAGUCUAUCUGCAACCUCAAAUAAGCUCUCUCUUCCCCCAGAGAAAUCAGAUUCUUAGUUCAAUUGCCAUUAGAUUUGCACCACCCCCAGUUAUAUUUUGAGGCUCAAAUUAUGGUGUCUCAUUAAUGUAAUCUACUUUUUUUUUUCAUAUUGUACUGACUUUUUUAGAUUUAGAAUUUAAGGGCAAGUAAAUUUCUAGAUGGGGGUUCUAAAUGGAGACAGUUAAGUAUGAACUUCAAGUUUUUAUCUUUUGCUUAGAACCAGCAACCUACUCUGCUAGUUUUUGUUUCGGGAGCAAAUACAAAUGGUCACCAUGCUUUCCGUAUAACUGUUUGACAGUGGGUCAGUGUUUUUAUUUGUCAGCUGAAGCUCAGACAGUUAUCUAGAACAGGGCUAUCCAACUUCCAAGUGGCUGGGAGCCACACAGUGCAUGGGCAAGGGCCAUUCCAGGGUUUGCCAUAUGGGCCUCUGGGCCACACAGCUGUCCCUGCUACUGUGCCCACAUUCUUCUCCUGCCCUGCUGCAUUGUGCCCCCCGCCCCCAUGCGCACACAUUGCAUUGCACUUCCACAUGGCCCUGGACUUUUCCCUGCUCCCUGCACCAUACUUGCCUUGGGUAGGAAGAAGCAACUAGAGGAGGGAGGGGGGGAGCCCAGAGCUGGCUGCUGUUGCAAUGGGAAUAAUGCAGGGGGAGCGAUGGCAAGAUGGGAGUCUGGGGGUCACAACUUAACCCCUCAGGCUGCAUGUGACCCACAGGCUGCCAGUUGGACAGCCCUGGUCUAGAAAUAUACAUUUUGAACUAUGUAUAAGUUUGAGUUUAGAAAACUUAAACAUAACAGGGGAAAGGAUUAAGUGAAUACUCAUUACUGUGUUGCUCUCAAGGUUUGAGUUCAUGAAGCAAAAAUGUAACUGGCAGGGCAUUACAUCCAAUAUCUGCAGAAAGAACCGUGGCAGUUGUAGAACUAACAACCUCUUUUGGCAAGUGUCAUCGUGCAAUUAAACCUGCAGGGAAAGUACACUUGAAAUAAGCUGUUUAAGAUCUUGUCAACCAAUAUUUUUAAUAAUUUGGGCCAAGCAGUACCUAAAAGCAUCUGUUAAGUUUAUUGCUGAACAUGGCUUUGAAAGCAUAUUGACUUUCUGUCCAUGAGUUCAUGGAACUUGAACAAGUGUUUCAGCUCUCUGUUCAUCUUCUGCUUUAAACAAAGGUAGGAAACCUAGCCAAGCAUUACAGGGGAAAUCUCUUCAGUUUUAAAAAGGGAACUACCACAUUUUAAAUGAAUGCUUUUGUAAAAUAGUGCCCAAUUUUUUGUCAUGAAGGGAUGUAAUAAAUGUAACAGUGCAAAUUUGUAGAAGGUAUUACUUGUUAGCAGUGAUGCUUUAUUUUCCUUUCUUUUAAGAUAAGAGGCUGUUCCAAAAGGAAUCUGUUAUAAAACAUGAUCUGAUUCAUUUCAUGUCCCAUGUCAGAGAAAGGGACUUUAUCAAGUUGCUGACUGCACUGAGCUGAUCCUUUCAAGGACUAGAAAAACCCUUACAGUGUAUUUAGGAAUCUUUGUGGGCUUUUGAUGUUUACCCUAUUUCUGUUUCGAUAGAAAGAUGAACACUUAUGUGAAAUGCUUUCUUGGUUUCUUAUAAUUGCCGCGAAAGAAACAUUUUCCCAAUAAACAACCAAAUAAGCCUUUGAAAGGAUUUGGUGACUUCUUCUUUGAGGGAGAUGCAAUAAUUUUUUUAGUACUCAGUAUUAAGAAUCCCAUUUUCUUGAGGUAAGGACCACCUUUGUCUAAAUCCCAAACCAUGAUGUUACCCAAGCAGUUCUGGUACAGGCAGUAAACAAAAAAGAUGGAGAGGUUUAAUUCUGUUCUUAAAUUCUGUCUUUUGAUUUUGCAGCCUGCCAAAGAACACUGCCUGAACUGCUUUUGGCCUUUGACAGGCUCCUGUACACCUGAACUGAAAUGGUUUUCUGCAUCAGAGCCAGACCUUAAUAUUAAGGGUUCAUUUACACAAGGACACUUGACUGAAGGUGUGAAUUUUAAAGUGUGUUGGGUAAACAGCAUUAAACCCUCGCGCAGACACUUAUAUUCAGAAUUCAAAUGGCCUUAAUUUGGUUUGACAGUGAAGUAAAUAAACUAAGGCUGCCUGAAUUCUGAGUUCAAAUGUCCACAGAGAUUUAAUUCAGUUCAUCUAGUACACUUCUAUAUUUGGACCUCCAGCUAACUGGGAUUAACUCUUCUGACCAAACCUGUAUAGAUGAACCCUUAAUGAGCUGUGCCAAAUGCACUGUGCAUAUCCACAACUUGAUCUUUUGAAUGUAUGUCACUGCAGUUAUCUUCCUCUUCCCCAGCUUGUCCUGUGUGAAGGUACAUUGUAUAACUGUGACAUUCUAUAUGGCUGUAGUCUCUGGCUACUUGUAAAUAAUGUGUAAAGCAAGUUUUUAUGAUUAAGGAAUCAAUUUAUUGAACUUUAUUAUUGAAAGUUAAACCUGAAUCUGUAAAACAGGAAAUCAAUAAAAAUAUAAUCUUU